UAUACAAGUGUUAAUUUGUUUUUUUUAUUAUUCCAAUGUUAUGUUCUAUUUUAUACGUUUGGAUGGAAUUCAAUUGCAAAAAACGUUGUCGAUGGAACUCUGGUCGUCACGACAAUGGCGCAUCGUGACAGCUGCUGCCAUCUAGAUAGAAUGAGCUAACUGCAGAGACACGGACGGUAUCUCGCAGGCGCACUUUGCACCGCUUAAUCCCCGUCCUCCUUUCCAUAAGCAUUUUCCUCGGAAGGAAGGCUCGCUCGUCAUUCCUUCCUCGAGUAUCGCAAGGAUCGCGUACAACAUAGCAAGUAGCAUUCUCUAUCUCUUUCCGCGCGUUCUUCCAUACUCUUCACCCCUUUUGCGGAGUCUCGUGACACGCGCGUGCACUUCCGGCGGCCGUCUUCACGGCAACAGGCUUCGUUAGUAUCGUUUUACCCCCUCUAUCUAUCUCUGCUCUUUCUCUCUCUCUCUCUCUCUCUCUCUCUCUCUUUAUCCUUCUCUAUUCUUGUCUUUCUUUCCUACGGUUUAUAUACACUUGUCUUGCUCGAGAUACGUUUAUCUUUCUUACUUUUUAUCUCUCUCUCUCUCUCUCUCUCUCUCUCUCUCUCUCUCUCUCUCUCUCUCUCAUUUUUUUCAUUUUUCUUUUACCUUUGAAAGAUUGUCAGUGAACCGCGAACACGUUGUCAGUGUCAGGGUCGUACAAAAUAGAGACAAGAAGGGUAAGAAAAGAAGAGAGAAAGAGAGAGAGAGAGAGAGAUUGGGAAGCUUAGCGAACAGCUGGCUGGGACGUUUUGACACAAAGAAGACACAUCUAAUACAUAAAGAAGAAAAGACAAGUGUUCCGAAGAAGGCUAUCUCAUCUUUCUUUUUGUUCUUCCUGAUUACUCAAAAAAGAGGAUCAUGUCGCUUAUAGCUGAAUGCUUUCGUCGAUUGACCGACACAUCCUGCAAAACCGAGUUAAGGGGUUACAAGAUUACAGAUGUGAAUCGGACGAGGAAGUUCGGCGUUGCCUGUCGAAGUCUUCAGGAAUUGAAAAGGAAAGCUUGCACGAAAUUAAACAUAACGAACGACUUGGCCGAGGUGAAUGUCUUUCUUCUCGACGGAUCCUUAAUAGACGAAGAUUAUUUUCAUACGUUGGAACCACAAACGACCUUGAUCUUGCAGAAACCAGGAGAGAAGGUUUUGUCCGAUGCUGAUCUACUUUAUGAAACAUUGAGAAGCGUUAAUAUCGAAUACAUCACUGCCGGAAAUAAAGUAUCGCAAUUUCUGACAGAGAAUCUUAAGAACAAAAUUGCCGUUUUGAACAAUGCCUUGAAUAAGGAUGACUCCAAGACUGCAUUUAGUUUGAGAGAAGAACAUCCGGAGUGGUUUCGUGGACUUGAGACUAAUUAUACUAGUAAGGAAGCUUAUAUGCAUCGUCGAUGUCAGGACAGAAUACGAGGAUAUUUAUAUAAGACGAUCGAUCAGAUCAGAUCCUCGGAUAUAUAUUUAAAUGAUCGAAAAGCUAGGCAACAAUUAUUACAGACUAUAGCCUUUUUUAAAAUGCAAUUAAAGGAGGAUCAUUAUUUCGGUUAUUAUUUCGAUAGAAGUCGAGCGUCAAAGGAUUCAAACGAAAUGGAACAUUUCGAUGAAAUUGAUUCUUCAAAUUGUUACGAUCAUUGUCCUUGCAAAUUAAACCAUCUCGAUGAUAGUACGCAUUUUCGUUUGUUUGGAAACGUUAGAACGAUCGAUGAAAGUUUCAAUAACGACGAGGUCGACGCAAGAAAAAUCACGAAACUAUCCGUCGAGAGAAAACAGGACACAGAUGAAAUUGAGGUACGACCAGAGAAAUGUCCCUUUAGGAUUAAACUUCGUAACAUGGAAGAGCAAAAAGCUAUUUGCGAUCGCAAGGGAGAAUUCAGGUGCGAAGGAGUUUGGAAUGCGAACGAGUGUACUUAUGGGGCGAGACACAAGAUUAAUCCUUACAGAUCGAGAGAGGAACUCGUCCUCUUUUCAACUUGGAAUUUGGAUCACAAUGCCAAGGACGCCCUCCAUACGUCCAAGUAUCUACACCCUCUUUAUAAUGUGUUCUCAUUAAGCUUUCAUAACAAUCGAAUAUCUUACAAAGCCGAUAUUGGAUGCAAGGACAGCGAUGGCUCAAGUAAAUCGAACGAUCUCGGACCCUUGUUCCAAGGCUUCUUAAUAUGUCACUUCAAGAUACAGUGAACGAGAAGGAUAUCUACGAUAUUUAUGAGAAUCUCUUCACUUUGAAAAACUUAAGGCUGGUACACGUCGUAUGUCACGAUAAGGGCUCGCAUAAAUCGGAAUAUUAAUAAGGAGGAUCCUAUUUAAAGAAAGAGAAAGAGAAAGAAAGAGAGAGAGAGAGAGAGAGAGAGAGGGAGAGUAAAAUUACUAUAAAAUAGUCUUUUAUUAGGGAGAUAGUGCAAAUUAGUACAUUAUAGUAUUGAACGAUGUUUACGUAUACAUAUAUACGUAUAUACAAUCACGUUUACGUACAUAUAUAAAUACACACACACACAUAUAUAUAUAUAUCUAUAUAUAUAUAUAUAUUUAUUUAUUUAAAGAUUGUUGAUAUUAGAGAGAGAUUUAACAUAUUGUUAAUAUUGAAAGUUGACAGUACUUUCGUUGCGUUGAAAAAAAAGGAAAGCAAUAUAUAAAGAGAUAUAUUCUAUAAAUUUCUAUAAAAUCUCAUACGAGAAUAUCAUGCCUGACGGUAAGCAAUAUUAAACGAAAGGCUAUAUAUAUAUAUAUAUAAAAAAAAAAAAGAGAAAAGUAAAUAUUAAACUAUAACGAUUACUUCAAAUCACUAUUGUAAAGCUAGAUGUAUGCUCUGUUUGAUUGAUUAAGUAACAAAUGACACUUUAAGCGAUUGCCUUCUUUUCCUCGACCUUUUCAUUUUCUAUUAUAUGAAAGGGAAAGCUUUCUCAUAGGUGUCUUUACUAAUGUGAAAACGUAAUCUUUGAAACAGGGUGUACGUACAGUUCCUUCGUAAAAAUUUGUAAUCGUACAUUUUUCUUCGUGAUUUUUGUGAUUUCGAAAAAAAAAGAAAACGAGAAAAAGAAAAGAUCGUACAUUAUCCUACAGAUUUGCUAAAAUAAAUAGAAAAAAUGUUAAUUCUUCGGAAAAGAAAAUUAAUUGUGCUGGCCUAAAGGACAUUCAAAGAUGCCUUUAUCAAUGAUAAUCUUCGUAAUUUGGAAAGUUCUAAACGGAUUUCGUGUUUUCAUAUCUUGAGCGCAACGGAAGAAUCUUGGAAAGUAUAUAAUAAUAAAUGGUGAAUGUGUUCUUCGCCGAAAAAAAAAAAAAAGAAAAAAGAAAAGAAAACUGUUAAUACCAGAAACUAGGAAUGAUAAAGAUCUUUAUUAACUUUCGAUAAAAAAUGAAAAAAAAAAAAAGAAACAAACCUUAAUGUAACCGUAGUUGACUCAUUAGUGUGAGAAAAAUACUUUGUUAGAAAAAAAUAUAUACUAUAUAUAUAUAUACUAUAUAUAUAUAUGUAUACUAUAUAUAUAUAUAUAUGUAUAUAUAUAUAUAUAUAUAUACAUAUACAUAUAUAAAUAUACGUAGUGACGAAAUAUCUUUCGGACAGAUUUUUAUUCUGACUGGUCAGCAAGAGACUAAAACAAAGUUCUGAUAUAUACUUAUAACUACAUAUAUAUUAUAUAUACCUAUAUACGUUGUCACGUUUAGAGAAGAAUAUAUAUUAUAUAUAUACAUAUAUAUUAUCUAUAUACACUAUACACGCAUACGUACUUAUGUAUAUCGUAUGAUAUUACAUUCCAAAGACUUCUGCGAUAAUUCACGAAGGUGCUUUUCCGAUAUGAAAGCGAUCAGUUUCUAGAAAGCAUGAAAAUGCUCCGUCGAAAUGUAAAUCGAUUACUUACGACGAUGUCUGUACUUGAUAAGAUGUUAAGUGUCGCGAUAUGAAAAGUACAUUACUUUGUAUGUACUAUUUACAUAUACAUAUACGUAGAAAUACUAUUCCUUACGAGGCGUUCGCGAUGAUUAUAGAUUCGCUAAAUCGAAUCGAUCUUUGCACUUGUUACUUUCCUAUCUUUCGUAGCUUCUUCGCUCGAUGUUUGUUGUUAAUCCUUUAUGUAAGAUUCAUAUACGACGAUAUUUUAUCCAACUUUUUUCCGGCCACCGACAUACCAAGAGAGAAUCCCUACGUCCGUCGAUGUGUCUGAUGAUCAUUAAUGAUCGACUUAACUAAAGAGUAAUACAGGGUAUUACAUCGAAGUUCAGAGAGAAAUGAAAAGAAGACAAUUAUAAAUUUGACCAAUGUGAAAAAAAAAAAAAAAGUAACAACACAAACAAACACACACAUAUAUACAUAUAUACACCUAUUAUGUAUAUAUCUCUGUCACGAGUCUCUCCUAUUGCUAAUGUAACACGUUGUUUCCUCUAGCCGUAGUGACCACCGUGACUGUACAAUAUAUACGGGUCAUAGAUGUGUUUUUGUGAUUUAUUUAUAUUAACGAUAAAAUAUAUGAGAAAUGGAUGAUCGCAACAAAAAAAAAGAAAAAAAGAAAAAAAAAUAUGUUGUAAUAGACGAUUAUAUAAUUAUGUAAACGCUUGAGACAUUGUUUUAAGCUUUGAUGUUUUUAAUCUAAAUAUGUAAACGCAAUAGACAGUAUUUAUUAUUUGUUUUUAUCAUCGUUUGGAGACGAUCUAAGGCAGAGAUAACGAAUAAGAUCAAUCGAAAGGAGGUGUUAACGAAGACAUCCGUUUGGAGGGUUCUUUAAACGUGCCAAGAAAAUGCGUCACGAUUGGCUCCGCUUAUAUAGUAUUCUCUGACGUCUUCUUCGCGAGGACGUACGACACGUGCGUGGGUAACUUAAUAGUCGGCUUGUUAACGUUAACUCAACGACCAAUUGUCAAUCAGCGACAUUUCGUUUGAAUUGUAAAUGUUGCUUCGCGCGAUUGAUAAGGUCUUUUCUUUGUAAAACGAGUGACGCGUACAGAUGGACCUCGUUAUUCUCUUAAAAAAAAAAAAACAAAAAAAAAAGAAAAAAAAAGGAAGAAAAAAGAAAGAAAAAAAAAGAAAAACAAAAAAGCAAAAAAAAAGAAAAAAAAAACACAAAAAGGGAAGAAAACGAAGGAGAAAAAAAAAGAAAGUAGAUAAAAAACAGUUUGUUUUAACGUCGACCGAACGCUUAAAGUGAUUAUAUAUCGAAUGUUAUCUUUUAUUCUUUAUUUUAUCGAAGAAAUGCGAAUGUUCUGUCUAUGUAUCUACGUUAUCGAUCGAAUAUAAUGGAAUUUAUUAUUUAGUUAA